GCCGUGGCUGACGGAGCCAUCCUGUCCCCGAGGCCAACCCUGCCGCACAGGAUAAACAGGAAGCCCAUCUCUCCACAGCACCCUGCUGGGCCGCUCCUCCUGCAGCCCAGCACGCACGUACGCGCCCGCUGCCCCCGGCCUCACACCUGAGAUGCCCAUGCCGGCUUCUGCCCAGGGCUUGGUCCACCCUGUCCUGGGGCUGUGGAGACCAGAAGCUCAGCGGUAAGGGAGCCAAGGAUGGGCCUAGGAGGUGCCAGGGCUCCCGCCAAACCUGCCCUCCUGCCCUCUGGCCUGCACACUGUGGAUGCGAGGCGCCCGCUUCCCCUCUGCCAGCAACCUCAGCACACUAACAGCAGCCCCUGGCGCCAGUGAGUCGCGGUGACCCCCUCGCGGAGAAGAGCACUGUCUCCAGGCUCCAGGGGAUGAGGCGCUCCCCGACACUUGACAGCCCGAAGUACCUCCGGUGCUGUGGAUGAAUGUUUCUGGCGAAAAGGGGCCGCCCCCAGGCCAAGCUCCACAUCCCCCUGCCCACCACAGGCCACUGAGGCUGCUGGCCCACCGCUUCUUCCUGGGCUCUACUCCCAAGGACCAUCUGAUUCUUGCCUGGACCAACAGGCCAACCUCCAACUGCGACCUCCCCCAGGGACAACCCCCAGGAUUAAUCUUCCCUAGCCAGGUCAUCCAGAGGAGAAGGCCACCCCACCUGGACACACAGGACAUGUGGGGCUCCCGGGAGCUGCUUCUAGUGUGGUUCCUGGUGCUGGCAGUGGGAGGCACCGAGCACGUCUACAGACCCAGCCGCAGGGUGUGUGCAGUGGGGGUCGCCAGGGGUCCCAUCUCCGAGUCCUUCGUGCAGCGUGUGUACCAGCCCCUCCUCACCACCUGCGAUGGGCACCGAGCCUGCAGCACCUACCGAACCGUCUACAGGACCGCCUAUCGCCGCAGCCCUGAGCCGGCCCCUGCGAGGCCUCGCUAUGCCUGCUGCCCUGGCUGGAAGAGGACCAGUGGGCUCCCUGGGGCCUGCGGAGCAGCAAUAUGCCAGCCACCCUGUGGGAACGGAGGGAGCUGUGUCCAUCCAGGCCACUGCCACUGCCCUGCAGGGUGGCAGGGUGACACCUGCCAGACAGACGUGGACGAAUGCAGCACUGGACGAGCCAGCUGUGCCCAGCGCUGUGUCAACACUGCAGGCAGCUACUGGUGCCAGUGUCGGGCGGGGCAUGGCCCAUCUGCAGCCGGGACACUCUGCCUGCCCAAGGGAGGGCCCCCCAGGGUGGCCCUGGGCCACACGACAGGGGUGCCCACAGUGAGGGAGGAGGUGCGCAGGCUGCAGUCCCGGGUAGACACGCUGGAGCAGAAGCUGCAGCUGGUGCUCACCCCACUGCACAGCCUGGCCUCGCGGGCCGUGGAACAGGGUCUGCAGGACCCUGGCCGCCUCCUGGCCCACUCCCUGCAGCAGCUGGACCGCAUUGACUCGCUGAGUGAGCAGAUAUCCUUCCUGGAGGAGCAGCUGGGGUCUUGCUCGUGCAAGAAGGAGCUGUGAGGACCCACCCACUCCACACUGCAGGCUGCACUGACCUGCCCUGGCCACCACAGCCCUACAGUCCUCUAGCUGGGGCCAGUGCCGGACCUGGUGAUGGCUGUGGGCAGGCUGGGAAGGGCCCUUGCUCUGUCCCCCUUCCUCGGGAGGCUCCCAGGACCUGUGUAUGAGGUGGGGUCCUCUGCAUGAACCCCCCCACCUAUGCCUGGAUUUUCCAGGGCCUGGUGGGUCUGAGGCCAGGGAAGGUACGGAGGCUCCAUGCCCAGGGCUGGGGCUCACUGGGCAGCCUGCCUGGACCAGGGCAGAGGCCUGUCCCAUCUCUGCCAGAAUAAAAUCAAGACUUGA